AUGCUAUUGGAAUGCGAUCGGCCUGCAUUUCCUCUGAGGCGAUUACCUGAUGAACUUGUGCUAGAAGUUUUCUCGCAUUUGGCGCAGCCAGACCGGUUGAAAAUGUGUACUUUGAGUCGGCGAUUCAAUCGGAUUGCAACCAAGUUGCUGUACCGUCGGAUCUACCUCAACGAUUCAAAUGUUGUCCGGAGUGAUUACAUGAAUGUGGCGGUCAAUUGGACUUUGCUUAGUAUACCGUCGUUUUUGAACGAGGAAGACUCACGGAAGAUUGCGAAUAUGAAAUUGAGAAAGCUCAUUCACUCGCUUAGUGUGAAUCCGAGAAAUCUGCGGUCUGUCCAAUGGAUCAGGAUUAACUGGGAUCUGGACGCGAGAUUGCAAAAGACUAUCCUUUCGAUUCUUUGCUCCAGAGGCACUUCGCUGCAGAGGUUAGAGAAUGUCACUGAUCCAGCGUGCAACGAGAUCAUUGCCAAUGGCGCGGUUUCCAUGAGUAGAGUAAUCAGCCUCGAUAUGGCUCCGCCAAAUCCCCUUCCGGAGAUCCCAGUCCCGGAGGAGUACAUUCCGAGCCUUCAGAAGUAUCUCAACGCUAGAAUCUCUUCGUCCCUAUCACACCUCACGCUUUUUAUCGAUCCGGCGAAGCUUUUCAAUUACAUUCAUCCUUUGAAGCAGAAGCUUCAAAUAAUAGACUUGAAGUUACACUGGCGGAGAGAAUUCUUCGAUCGCAAAUAUUUCAUCAAGCGAGUCAGAGAGCCUGCAUUGAAGAAGAUGUCGGACAUUUUCGAUGUGAGAACCUUGAAAACUUUGACCAUAAUAUCGUGGAACGAAUCUCUGAUAGCGAGGGAAAUCCAGAUGAUAAUGGAGUUCAAAGAAUUUGUUAACCUUGAGGAUCUAUCAUUGAUUUCGAUAAAGCAGAAUUUCGAUGUACUGGUUACAUUAUUUUACAAUCUGCCGAAACUUAAGCGGCUCAAGAUGGACUUUUUAGAGGACUCUCUACCAGAGACGAAAAACUCUGAGAUCUUCCUGACCAUCUUGAAAGUUUGCAACAAUUUGCAGUUCAUUGACAUGAGGUAUGAGGAGAUGGACCCCCAGAUAAUAGCACUUGAGGAAACCAAAUUCCAGCUGCAUCAGGAGUGUUAUUGCAGUUCCUGUGUACAUGUCUUCGAGAAUAUUCUCAAAAAAAAGCUCUUUCUAUUUCCAGACGAUUAUUACCUCACUGAUAUUCAUGACAUUGCUGCAAAAGACAUCUUCAAGAUGAUGAAAUUUCUAUCACUUUUACCCUAUUCGAAAGCCUGUGAUUGCUAUCCUAGCGUGAGAACCCAACCGAUGAAUUUGGAUGAAUUUGUUUCGCGAAUGAACAAGAAUCUACUCUUUUACCGCCAGACCCGGGGACAGUUAGUUGCGCCAGCUGGACGGAGAUCAGAUACUGAGGUAUCGGAUCUUGGACGUUUGGCCUUGAGUUUACCUCAUGCCCCGCUGACAAGACAAGAUGUAAUAGACUGCUACCAUGCACUCAUUCACCAUUAUAGAGCAACUUAUGUGGCGUUUUUGAAAGGAUUUCCUAAACUUCGCUUCUUAAUGUUGAAUGAUAUUCCAACAGUGGUUGUGGAAGAACAUAAAGAGCGAAUCUUUCAGCCAAUAUUCUAUCACGAAAAUUACCAAACAAAUCUCACUGGGUGGUCGAAAUCGUGGAAGAGGCACAAAGGUAGUAAUGGAGACACGGUGACAAGAAAAGCGACAGUUUUUUGA